AUGCCACAAUCUUUAUUUCAGAAGUAUUUCAGGUUGAAUAAACCAGCGUUUGAGUACUUGCUAAAAGUGGUGACGACUCAUACACAACCAGCUAGGAAGCAGUUUGCUAUUUCUCCAGUAGUAAAGAUAAGCGCAUGUUUGCGAUUCUUUGCGGAAGGCGGUUACCAGACGAGUGUGGGAAAAGAACACGACGUGGGGCUAGCGCAGUCCAGUUUCCGCAAAGCACUUGCGGACAUCCUCUUUAUAUUUGAACAAUAUCUAUGUCCAAGGUGGAUACAGCUUCCAGUGACAGCCGAAGAAAAAAGUAAAAUUGCGACUGCUUUUUACAUUAAGCAUAAAAUUCCACCUGUUGUCGGUUGCGUUGAUGGAACGCCCGUUAAGAUAAUUGCGCCGUCCGAAAAUAGUCACCUCUACUACAACAGAAAGGGUUAUUACAGCUUAAAUGUUAUGCUGGUAUGUGACCAUGAAUUAAAAAUACGCCACGUCGACGCUUCUCAUCCGGGUGCUAGUCAUGAUUCGCUAAUUUGGAACGUUAGCGAAUUACGUUCACAUUUUGAGACACAAUUUUCAAACCACCAAAGAACUUUCUGGUUGUUAUCUGAUGCUGGAUAUUCGUUAGAACCAUGGCUUAUUGCUCCUUAUCGGACGCCGAACCAAGCAGAAAUUAAGUUCAACGAAAUGCAUUCAAAAUGUCGCAACAUAAUUGAAAGAACUAAUGGUGUUUUAAAGAACCGAUGGAGGUGCAUUCUUGGUGGACGAGAACUACACUACGCUCCAGAGAAAGCAGCACAAAUUGUAAAUGUUACUUGUUGCUUGCAUAACAUCUGCAUUCAUUUCAGAGCGAAUAUACCCCAUACACCCGAUGCCGAAGCCGAGUUAAACCUUCCUGAAAUUCACGACGUCCAUUCCAACAUACCAACACAAAAUAUGGAGGUUGCGAGAUCAAUAAGAAAUAAUAUCCGUGAUUCCCUCAAUAACUAA